AUGCAAAAGGUCGUCGAUCUCUACCAUGGACUUUCCCCAUUCGUCUCCAAGUCACCUGGUUGCUGCACUCUUUCGGAUAGCGACAACUUCUCGCCCAAUCCUCAACGGGAAACGGAACACGGCCUAGAGGACUCUCACACACACUCGCCUCAAAAUCCGUGGCGCACCGUCCAAGACGCAAUGCCAGUCUCGGACUUCGUCCCGUUGCUGCAUUGGAAUGCGUAUAAAUACCCCUCCCCAUCGGCAGCGAACCCUAUCUAUGUCUAUGAUAUCUACGAUCGCCAUUGA